GGCGGGCGGGGGGAGGGGAGCGGCUGGGGGGCGGAGGGGCUCUUGCCGCCACUGCUCUCGCCGCCUCUCCCCCCCGGCGGGAGCCGCUCUCAGCCUCUUUGCACUAGUCGCUCCGCUCCCUCGGUCAUGUGACCUUAACGUAACCGGACAGGAAAAGCCCCGCCGCCGCCGCCGCCGCCGCGCCGGAGACACCGACCGCGGCGGCAGCAGCAGCAGCAACCAGAGGCAGAGGCGGCGGCGGGGAGGACAGCACGGCCGAAGCCGCCCAGCGCUGCGUCCUCCACACCCCCCGCCGCAGCAGCACUGGCGACAGAUUUUUAAAAAAAUGGAUUUGACCAACCAUGGACUUAUUCUACUGCAGCAGUUAAACGCUCAGCGAGAGUUUGGUUUCCUGUGUGACUGCACGGUUGCAAUCGGCGAUGUGUACUUCAAGGCACACAAAUCAGUUCUUGCUUCAUUCUCCAAUUACUUUAAGAUGUUGUUUGUCCAUCAGACCAGCGAGUGUGUCCGUUUGAAGCCCACUGACAUCCAGCCCGAUAUUUUCAGCUAUCUCCUGCACCUGAUGUACACAGGCAAGAUGGCACCGCAACUGAUCGAUCCUGUCCGAUUGGAGCAAGGGAUCAAGUUUCUGCAUGCAUACCCGCUAAUCCAGGAAGCCAGCCUCGCCAGCCAGGGCACCUUCUCCCAUCCUGACCAAGUCUUCCCUCUGGCCUCUUCCUUGUACGGCAUUCAGAUCGCAGAUCACCAGUUGAGACAAGCCACCAAGAUGGCCUCAGCACCUGACAAACUUGGGCGGGAACCCAGGCCACAGGCCUCCAGGAUGAGCCAGGAACAGGUGCCAGAGGCCUCGCAGCUGUCCCAGCUGACUCCAAACCUGGCCCAGGUGAAUCGGACAAAUCUGACCCCCGCAGACCCCCUGCAGACUUCGUUGUCUCCCGAACUCGUCUCCACUCCCGUUCCUCCCCCACCUCCCGGGGAGGAGACCAACCUAGAGGCCUCCUCCUCUGACGAGCAGCCUGCAACCCUCACCAUCGCCCAUGUCAAGCCGAGCAUCAUGAAGAGGAAUGGAAGCUUUCCCAAGUACUAUGCUUGCCACCUGUGCGGACGGCGCUUCACCCUGCGGAGCAGCUUGCGGGAACACCUGCAGAUCCACACAGGAGUCCCUUUCCCCUCCAGCCAGCAGGGAGAGAACCGCGUGCCCCUGUCUCUCUGCAGCAAUGCAGCCGACCUGGGCAAAGAUGCCAUGGAAGUGCCUGAAGCCGGCAUGAUCAGCGACAGCGAGCUGCAGCACAUCUCAGACUCCCCAAUCAUAGACGGGCAGCAGCAGUCGGAAACCCCGCCCCCCUCGGACAUUGCUGACAUUGACAACCUGGAGCAGGCGGACCAGGAGAGGGAGGUGAAGCGGCGGAAGUACGAGUGCACAAUUUGUGGACGCAAAUUCAUCCAGAAAAGCCACUGGAGGGAGCACAUGUACAUCCACACCGGCAAGCCUUUCAAAUGCAGCACUUGUGACAAGAGCUUCUGCAGGGCCAACCAGGCCGCCCGCCAUGUGUGCCUCAACCAGAGCAUCGACACCUACACCGUGGUGGACAAACAGACUCUGGAACUCUGCACAUUCGAGGAAGGAAGUCAGAUGGACAACAUGUUGGUGCAAACCAACAAACCUUACAAAUGCAACUUGUGUGACAAAACCUUCUCCACCCCCAGCGAGGUUGUCAAACAUUCAUGCCAAAACCAAAACUCGGACGUUUUCGCCCUAGACGAGGGCCGGUCCAUCCUCCUGGGCAGUGGGACUCAGAAGUCACGGGACCUGACCAUCCGGUGUUAGCUUCCAUCAAAAAGGAACAGGAAACUGUGUUACUAGACUGAAUGUUACUUGUCUUUUUAAAAACUGUCAUUUUUACAAAAAUGCUCUCCCUUCUCCAAUUCAAAACCGUAGUUCUCUGUGGCAUGACACAAACAGGGCCCUGUUCCCUUCUCCUCUUCCCUUCUCCCCAGCCCCACUUCUGUAAAGGCCUUGUGCGUUAUAAACCUGGAAUCUAUUUACAUUAAUUCAGGGCUGUUGGAAAGAUAAUGGUCAGUAGUACUUAUAAACUUAAUAGGUUUUGAGAAGUUUUAAGAGUAUUUAAAAGCAUACUUGGAACUAAUUAAGGGUAUAUAACAAAACAAAACAACUAGAAUAUAAUUUGAUAAGCUAAAAUUAUGACUUUCCCUGGGUAAUAAGUCUUCCUUGUCAGAAAAACAAUGUCAGAAAAUACAGCAUGUUUCUUAGAGAGAAAGCUGGGCUCUGUACUAUGCAAAAAUCUAGAAAGUGUGGGGAAACUUUAAACCCAAGAAAAUGUUUUUAGUAUUUAUCCUCAAGGUGUCUUAUUUCAGAAUGUAUCCUUUGAGAUUAUGUGCAGUUAAGAAAAAUCACUAGGUAAGAAAGCUACUGUAACAAAACACAGAAGAGACAAAGUGAUAAUGUGACGGCAAUCUUAAUUUUGGGUAACCACAACAAGCUGUGAGCUUGUGUGUGCGAGAGGAAGCGUGGAUACCUGCUGUAAACAGGUGAGUCAGUGCGCAUGCCUUAUCUAACUGCUGGCUUCUUUCCAGGUUCAACAACAAGAUGCUGUGUUUUAGUUUCUGACAAGUGUGUUGUUUCAAAAACUCAGACUUACAAAUACUAUUCUGUAGAUUGUCUUUCUGAGCAGAAAAUGAUGUGCUGUUCUCUAGCAGGUGCCAGUGGUAAACUUGUUUUCAUACCACCCAGCUGUCCUUAAAUCAGUGUGUGUCACAGGGAGAGGACUAGAGGAGCGUGCAUCCUACAUUGGAAGUUGUGAGAAGAUGUAACUCCAGUGACUGUAAGUCAGUGCUGAUAGUUCACUAGCACCAUGCAUUGAAGCAUCAAAAUGACAACGAGAAAUCAGGACAAAAAAAUCUAAUUGCUGUUUGGGGAAAAAGAAAAAGCUUGAUUUUCAUGUGUGUUCUUCAGUUUAUUUUUUUUUUCAACACCUGAAAUUUUCUCCACUGGCCUAAAAGCAGUAAAAGUUGUCCGUUAAUCUUCCCUUAGGCCAAUAAGAGAAGGGUGUUACAGGACAAAGUAGGAGCCAGAAGUAAGGACUGAAGGGGAAAGGGAAGGGGAGAAUAGUUAUAGCUAUACAGUAUGUAUAUGUUAAAACCUGAAUAUCCUGUCAUCCUAUUGUAUGUAUAGUUGAGUUCUCAGAUUUGUAAGUUUUUAUACAUCCUUUCAUUGAAUAAACAUUCAAUUAAAUG